CGUGUUCAAGGAGAGAGAGUCGGUGCUAGCAUAAGUUCAAAAAUAAAUAUAUAUACACACAUAUAUAUAUAUAUAUAUAUAUUUUGCUCGUUCACAAAAGUAUUGGAACGAUUCACAAAAACAAAAACAAAAAACAAAAACACAUAAAAAAAACCAAUUCAAAUAUGUUCCGUUCGUACGUACGUGAGGCGUUUCGCUCCAGCCGGGCAUUUGCCCGUGCCUAUUCCAAGGAUGUGGCGUUCGGUGCCGAGGCUCGGGCGAGAAUGUUGCGCGGCGUCGAUAUGCUGACGGAUGCGGUGGCCGUGACGAUGGGGCCCAAGGGACGCAGCGUUAUAUUGGAGCGACCCUGGACAUCGCCCAAGAUCACCAAGGAUGGCGUCUCGGUGGCGCGCGCCAUUUCGCUAAAGGAUCAGCACAUGCAGCUGGGCGCACGCCUGGUCCAGGAUGUGGCGGAUAAUACAAAUCAGGCGGCCGGAGAUGGCACCACAACGGCCACGGUGCUGGCCCGCUGCAUUGCCAAGGAGGGCUUCCAGCAUAUAACGCGGGGCGCCAAUCCCAUCGAGAUUCGGCGCGGCGUCAUGCUGGCCGUCGACCAUGUCAAACGGCAGCUGAAGGCAAUGUCGCGUCCGGUGAAGACGCGCGCGGAGAUCGAACAGGUGGCCACAAUAUCGGCGAAUGGCGAUGCCGAGAUCGGACGCCUGAUUGCGGACGCAACGGAUCGGGUGGGCCGGACGGGCACCAUUACCGUCAAGGACGGCAAGCGGCUCAAGGACGAGCUGGAGGUGCUCCAAGGCCUGCAGUUCGACAAGGGCUACAUCUCGCCGUUCUUUGUGAACACGCCCAAAGGAGCCAAGGUAGAGUAUGCCAAUGCGUACGUGCUGAUCACGCUCAAGAAGAUUAAAUCCCUCAAGCAAAUUGUGCGCGGCUUGGAGCAGUCGCUGCGCCAACGUCGCCCGCUGCUCAUCAUUGCCGAGGACAUUGAUGGCGAGGCCUUGAACGCUCUGGUGCUCAAUCGCCUCAAGGUGGGUCUGCAGGUGUGCGCCGUCAAGGCGCCCGCCUAUGGCGAGUACCGCAAGGCGAUGCUGGGCGACAUUGCCGCCGCGACGGGCGCAACGGUGUUUGGGGAUGACAUCAACUAUGCCAAGAUUGAGGAGGCCAAGAUCGAGGACUUUGGCCAGGUGGGCGAGGUCGUGGUCACCAAGGACUCGACCAUGCUGCUGCAGAGUCAGGGCAAGCCGGAGCUGCUGAAGCGUCGCAUCCAGGAGCUCGAGGAUGAACUGCGCGAUCCGGCCACCAAGCCCGAGCAGAAGGAACGCCUUCGGGCGCGCAUCUCGGUGCUCACCAACGGCGUCGCUGUCAUCCACAUCGGCGGCACAAGUGAGGUGGAGGUCGGCGAGAAGCGGGAUCGUGUCAAUGAUGCCCUCAACGCCACACGGGCCGCCAUCGAGGAGGGCAUUGUGCCCGGCGGCGGCACCGCCCUGCUGCGCUGCAUAGCCGGCCUGCAGCUCCUGGAGCCGGACAACGAGGAUUUGAAGCAUGGCAUCAACAUUGUCUGCUCGGCCAUGCGCAUGCCCUGCAUGACCAUUGCCCGAAAUGCUGGCGUCGAUGCGGCCACCGUGGUGGCCCGGGUGCUCAACGGCGAGGGCGACUUUGGCUAUGAUGCCAUGAAGGGCGAAUAUGGCAGGCUCUUCGACAAGGGAAUCAUUGAUCCCACCAAGGUGGUGCGCACCGCCAUACAGGAUGCCGCGGGCGUCGCAUCCCUGUUGAGCACCACCGAGGUCGUGAUCACAGAGGUGCGCAAUCAUGAUGCUUUGGGUGCUCUGGCAGAUGGCGGCGGUGGUGCGCUGGAGGAAGCGCUGGGCAACUUGGAUCUAGGCGGCAUGGGCGGCAUGGAGGCUCUGUCUGCGCUGGGCGGCAUGGGCGGCAUGGGCGGAAUGGGCGACAUGGGCAUGGGCGGAAUGGGCGGAAUGGGCAUGGGAGGAAUGGGCAUGGGCGGCAUGAGUAAGGCCGAGGAGAUGAACCAGGCGGUCCAGAGCAUACCCGGCAUGGAGGAUGUCACUGUGCAGGAUAUCGACAGCAGUCAGUUAUAGAAUG